CUCAGCUAGCAUAAAACCUAUAUAAACAACGAGCUCUGUCGAACGCGCCACAAACGUGCUGAAGCCGCUCAAGUGACAACAACACUGUGUGAAAGAUCCAAUAACAAUAACAACAAUACCAACCAACAACAUCAACAGCAAGCAAUCAAAUAAAUUUACCGGUAGAUUGAAAGAAACAACUGCACAAAGAAUUAAAAACAAAAAUGCAAUCGAUGGCAAAGCAAUCAAUGCGCGCCCUGCCGCAGAUGGGCAAACAAGUGAGCUACUUGUCCACAAGCAGCGCCUGGCGUGCAGCUGGCGGGGGCGGCAACGAGAGCGUUGUGGAGAUUAAGGAACCCAAGACACGUACCGAAAAGUUCAUGGCCUUCCAAAAGAAACUGCGCGCCAAGACGCCACUCGGCAAAUUGGACGAAUUCUCGCGUCAUCCGUAUCAGGAGAAGGAGCCACUGAAGCCAUGGCCAAAUGCAACAAAUCCCUAUACGGGAGAAAUUGGCGGACCCGCUGGUCCGGAGCCAACGCGUUAUGGCGACUGGGAGCGCAAAGGACGCGUCUCUGAUUUCUAGUCCCCUUCUCAGUUGAAGUUCCUUAGUUUCAUAGUUAGGCCGUUAUAUCAAAUGUUAGAUUUAAGCUUAACAACCAAAACAAAUUGUAUACUCCAAGUUUAAUUAAUGUAUUUGUAUAUGUAUAAAAUAGGAAUAAAAAAUACUAUUUAAAGAACAA